UCAAACGAGUAUUCUACACCUUCCUAUGAGUUACGCUAACACACUUCCCAUUUAACGUGUCUUUUGAUCUUAAAAAAUGAAAAACCUUCCCAAUAAAUUAGAAACUAAUAUCUAGGUGUUGUCCAUUAAUAUUUCAUCUUAGAAAUUAAAAACCGGGAAAAAAAAGGAAAUGGGUUUGGGUUAUAAGUUUGAGGAGCUUGGUUUCAAGUUAACAAUUAUAGCAACUUUAGUGGCAGCUGAAGCAAAACCUGGAUGUGAAAGCAAGUGCGGGAAUGUCAGCAUUCCUUAUCCUUUUGGAGCAGGCAAUGGUUGCAACAUCAACAACAACUUUUUCAUUCGUUGUAACAAGACUUUCAACCCUCCAAAAGCAUUUUUAUCCACCACUGAUAUUGAAGUUCUCUACAUCUCUCUAGAUGGCUAUUUGCGCGUCCAAAAUUGGGUAGGUUAUGACUGUUAUAGUUCAUCAGGACGGGGUUCAUAUUUUGAGACAUGGAUUGCGCACUCACCAUUCCCAAUAUCUAAUACCAGAAACAAGUUCACAGCCAUUGGUUGUGACACCUACGCUUUCGUUGCGGGUUCUAAGGGACCGGCGUCUCCCACCGCAUGUGUAACGUAUUGUAACAACCUGACCCAUGCGAUAAAUGGAUCUUGCUCCGGCCUCGGUUGCUGCCAGGCAGCUAUCCCUAAAGGAAUGAGGAGUUAUAAGCUAAGUUUUGACAGCUUUUGGAAACAUUCAAAAGUAUUAAACUUCAAUCCUUGCAGUUAUGGAUUUGUUGUGGAAGAUGGAGCCUAUAACUUUUCUGUUUUACAUCUUUCCGACACUAACUUCAGUAAAAGGAAAUUCCCAAUUAUUCUUGAUUGGGCAAUUGGGAACCGAAGUUGCGCGGAAGCUGGAAUGAAUCCACAAAAUUAUGCCUGCAAGCGAAAUAGUAUUUGUAUAAAUGGAGAAAAUGGCAAUGGAUACUGGUGCAAAUGUCCUGAUGGUUUUCAAGGCAACCCAUACCUCUCCCACGGUUGUCAAGCUACUGGUGGAGUUUAUAAUUUUUCAUGCUCGGAGGGGUUUAGGGUUCUUAACUUGUCAUCAACCUUUGCUUGCUUUCCUAAAUUUAUCCCACACCAUCGAAGUUUCCCCACUCUGGUUGUUGCACUAGGUAUUUGCUUAAGUAUAGGGCUCUUGUUUCUAGUUGUUGCGAUUUGGUGGCUUUAUAAGAAAUUAGAGCGAAGAAAGAACAUUAAACAGAAGGGAAAAUUCUUUAAAAAAAAUGGUGGGUUAUUGUUUCAGAAAAAGUUAUCUUCAAAUGAAGGUGGUUUGAAUAAAGCUAAACUCUUCAGUUCCGAAGAAUUGGAAACUGCUACUGAUCAAUAUAAUAAGAAUAGAAUCCUAGGCAGAGGAGCCCAAGGCAUAGUUUACAAAGGAAUGUUGCAUGACGGGAGAAUAGUUGCAAUAAAGAAGUCCAAGAUAGUAAACCAAGGGUGUCUUGAACAAUUUAUCAAUGAGAUCGUUAUUCUUUCUCAAAUUGAUCAUAAAAAUGUUGUCAAACUAUUAGGUUGUUGCUUGGAGACUGAAGUCCCCCUCCUUGUCUAUGAAUUCAUCCCUAAUGGAACCCUUUCCCAUUUCAUCCAUGACCAAAAUGCAGAGUACCCAAGAUCUUGGGAUAUGCGAUUACGCAUUGCAACGGAAGUUGCAAGUGCGGUUUCAUACUUACAUUCAUCUGCAUCAGUCCCCAUUUAUCACCGAGUCAUCAAGUCUAGCAACAUACUACUAGAUGAAAAAUUUCGGGCAAAAGUAUCAGAUUUUGGAACAUCUAGAUUAGUAGGUAUUGAUCAAACUCACUUAACUACUCAAGUGCAAGGCACUUUUGGGUACUUAGAUCCUGAAUACUUCCAGUCAAGUCAAUUCACUGAAAAAAGUGAUGUUUACAGUUUUGGAGUGGUUCUUUGUGUCGAGCUCUUAACAGCACAAAAGGCAGUCUCAACAUUCGGAUCACAAGAAACUAGGGGAUUAGUCUCCUAUUUUAUGUCGUCGAUGGAAGAAAACCGUUUGCUGGAAAUUGUUGAUGGUGAAAUUUUGAAGGAUGGUGAAAGAGAUAAACUAGUUGUAGUUGCUCACCUUGCAAAAAGAUGUUUGAACUUAGAUGGGAGGCUCAGACCAACAAUGAAAGAAGUGACCAUGGAACUUGAGAGAAUUAGAACUUCACAAGGUGAUUGCGAAGUAGAGUCUAGGGUUAACGAAAACCCUACUCAAACGUUAGAAAGUAAAGAAGAAGAAGUUGAUUCCCCUGAAGAAGUGCUGAACACUAGGUGUUUUCCUGCAUCACGAAAGCUUGAAACCCAUGAAGAUGAAUAUGGUAGAUGCAUGCGAGUGGAGGCGUUAGUCAACAUGACUCCACAACAAGCAAGGGACUUAAUCUCCACAAUGGCUGCAAAUUCCCAGCAAUUUCGAGUCAAUCUGAACCCCUAG